UCCGACCACAAACCCUCGCCCUUUCCUCUCGCCUCUCCGCCUUGCCUAUCGCUCCGCCUUGCACCCGUUUCUGGAGCCAAAUCGAUAGAGAGAGCGAACAAGCCCUGGAAAAGGACUAUCCUCUAGCGCUCGCUUGCUACCCGAAGAAAGGAGAUUGAGGGUUUCUCAUUCUGGCUUCUUCUGAAUACUCGACCGUUUUUCUUCUCGGAGAGCUGCUUUCCUGAUUCUCACUUCCAGAGCUAACUUUUCUUAUUUCAGAAAAACAUGUGUUGUAGGACUGUAGCCUAAACAGUAUGUCAUCGCCAUAUCCUGUGCUCAACAACAAAUCCAUUGACCAAUGGAAGGUUACUGAAUUGAAAGAAGAGUUAAAGAAAAGAAAACUACCAGUAAGAGGUUUGAAGGAUGAAUUGGUACGGAGGUUAGCUGAUGCAAUGGAUGCCGAGGUUGUGGAGAACAAAAAGAAAGUUGAUGAUGAAGUCAAAGAAGAUGAACCUAAGGUGGCAGAAAAUUUUGAAGUAGAAAGUGCUACUAUGGUUGGCAAAAUUAAACAUCCAAAUGAGCAAGAUGACUUCUCCAGUGCUUCUAUGGUUGACAAAGUUAAAGAUCCAGAUGAGCAGGAUGACUUCACCAAUACCACUAUGGCUGUCAAAGAUUCUGAUAUCACUGGCAUUGUGAAAAUUGGCAUAUCUGAUGAUCAUUCGGAUGCUGGAAAAACUGAACAUGAUGGUGCAACAAAAGCUACUUCAGAAGUGACCAAUAUAGACAUCAACCAAGAUUUGAAAAUGGAAGAUGCUGGGGCAGUUUCUUCAGGAUUGGAUGCAUCCAUUUUAGAAACAGAAGCUCAUGUGGAAGCCUUGGAAGAUGAUGCAACUGAGAGCCACACUGUGACCUUGCAUUACGAUUUAGAUGCAGUUGUAACAAAUUCUGAAGAAAAGCUCGAUGAACUGAUGCAGGACGAUUCAAACCUCCCCCUUGAGGAAAUCAAAGCCGGCCCUGAAUCAAACAACCAGGUAUCUGUGGUCAGCCUAGACUUAGGAUCCCAGGUUAAGUGUGAGUCCCUUCCUAUUGAUUCUGUGUCAAUUAUUGAAAAGAAUAAAUUAAAGGAUAAUUUAAAUGCUGCUGACUUUUAUUUAGAACAAGAGGUUGUUAAGCAGGAGAUGGUUCAGCCAUCAUCCAGCAUUGUUCCUUCACUAGGUGGCGAUCUGCAGACUGUGCAUGAUGCUAAAGAGAAAGUUAAUCACCUGGUCUCCGUGGAAGAUACAAAUGUUAAAAAAAAUACAUUUGUUGAUGAAGGCAAGAAAGAAGAUAACCUUGAUGAAGAGUCUCCAGAAAAACUGAACUUAGAUAGGAGUUCGAGUGAUGAAUUGAUGGAGGAUGAUGUAUUGGAAAGUAAAAACAUUGAUUCCAAUAUCCAAUCUGAGGAAUUAGUUGAAAAAAUUGAGGUGAUACAAGAGCUUGUUGUUAGUGAUACGAGAAACAUUGACGUUAAGCAGGAUGGGUUAAUUCUGGAGGUAACUAUUAAUGAAGACAUCAAGAAGCCAGCACUCCUUGGUGAAAAGAGAAAAUUAGAAGACCAAGAAGCUGCUGCAAGCAAUGAGGUUCCGAAACGGCAGCGGCGUUGGAGUUCAGACACUGUUAAAAUUCCAGAACGUCAAUCAUCUAACCUCAGUACAUCAAGUGCACCUAAGAAUACAUUUGAAAUUACUUCUAGACGCACAUUCAAUAAACCUGAUUUAAAGGAUGCUGGAGGUUCUCAGAAGGAACGGAUUGUUCCACCAUCACAGAAACCUGCAACCACUUCACUACGAAUUGACAGAUUUGUGCGCCCUUUCACUCUGAAAGCUGUGCAAGAGCUGCUUGCAAAAACUGGAACACUUUCCAGUUUCUGGAUGGACCACAUUAAGACCCACUGCUAUGUUACUUAUUCUUCAGUGGAGGAAGCCACUUCAACUCGCAGUGCUGUUUACAAUCUGCAGUGGCCUCCCAAUGGUGGAAAUCUUUUGGUUGCGGAGUUUGUUGAUCCCCAAGAAGUCAAGGCACAAACUGAGGCACCGCCACAGGCCCCAGCUUCAAACCCAAACACACCCAAGGCUACAAACUUUCAGCAACCUCAGGCUGCUCAACCUCCAGCUCAUCAGCAUGCUCUGAAACAAUACCAACCUUUGCCUCCCAUCACAAGACAACCUGAUCCACAGCCUGUAAGAGAGCGACUCCCCCCACCUCCUCCACCUCCAAGGGAGCCCGACCCACCUGCUCUGACACUCGACGAUCUGUUUAAGAAGACAAAGGCUGCCCCAAGAAUCUAUUAUCUGCCCUUGACUAAAGAAGAGGUGGCAUCAAAGCUUGCAGCACGUGGUAAAAACACCAAGAACUAGCAAGUUCAGCUCCAGGUGACGCUGGAAUUUUUUUUUUGUUUUUGUGAUGGGUUUAUGUAGUUUGACAGAUCUUUGAUGCUUUUGUUCAAACACUUAUUUUUCAGUGACAGAACAAGGGUGAAUCGAGGACUGUGUUUCAAAUUGAUUAGUUAGUUGUGUUGUCUUGUAACUCCAGGAACUAACCAGUAGGAGAGUAAACUCUGUAGGUAUCAAAAACUUGUUAUCUUUGAUUGCCAGAAAGAAACAAUUUGUGGAUGUAAUCAGCAGUAGCUAUUCACGAUCUUCCAAAUAGCCACAUGUUUGACCUAGAAAA